GUUCUUGCACACAUUCGUGCAGAACAUCCUUUGGGGAAUGAUCUACAGCUGUCAGUAACAAGAAUGUGAAGUCAUACUUGUUGAAUAACAAAGAAACAAGGCCCACACAACCCCGGGCCUCGUUGUUGCAGAAGCUCGUUAUGCUGCUGGAUCCUGGUAGAAGUGCGUUUGUGCAGAGGAGGUGGUGUGGUUGAUAUGCCAUCUUAGGCUGUUAGAGCGUCUCCGGACUCCGACGAGGCGUUUUUAACCUGAUCGGGACAGCGGGGCGGGGAUGGAGCCGGCGGAACGGAAAGCAGCGGAACUUGGCGGCGCCGCCCCGUUGCCGGGGGACGAGAGGAGCGGCGGCCCCGAGAGCCGCGAUGUUGGGUGGCGGGGGCACGAUGCGCGCUUUGAUCCGAGCCCUGAGCGGGCGGCGGGCGGCGGCUGCGGGCGGGUCGCCGUGCGGAGGCUGCUGAGCACCUCGCAGUCAUCGGUGGAUCCAAAGGAAAUGAGGAAGUUCCAGCUCCUGGCACACAAGUGGUGGGACGAGCAAGGAGAGUAUGCAGCCCUGCAUGCCAUGAAUGACAUCAGAGUGCCGUUCAUUAGAGACACCCUGCUCAACAUGGGCGGCACCUACCAGCAGGGCAGCCCGCUGUGUGGGGUCAAGAUCCUGGAUGUUGGCUGUGGUGGUGGGCUGCUGAGUGAGCCUCUAGGUAGACUGGGAGCUUCGGUUACUGGAAUUGAUCCUCUGGAAGAAAACAUCAGAACGGCGGAUCUGCACAAGUCAUUUGAUCCAGUUCUGGCCAAGAGAAUACAGUACAGGUCCGGCUCACUGGAGGAGAUUGUGGAGGAGUCUGUGGAAACGUUUGAUGUAAUUGUAGCUUCUGAAGUGGUGGAGCAUGUGGCUGACCUCGAAAUGUUUAUCAGGUGUUGCUCUCAGGUGUUAAAGCCCGGAGGUUCUUUGUUCAUUACUACAAUCAAUAGAACUCAGUUGUCUUAUAUCCUGGGAAUUGUGGUUGCGGAAAAAAUAGCAGGCAUUGUACCAGAAGGAACACAUGAGUGGGAGAAGUUUGUUCCCCCAGAGGAACUGGAGCAUCUCUUGGAAUUAAGUGGCUUCUCUGUCAAGACUGUGAAUGGGAUGCUGUACAACCCCCUGACCGGGUCCUGGAGCUGGAUGGAAAGCACAAGCAUUAACUAUGCCCUGCACGCUGUGAAAUCUGGGGAUCAGGCCCAGACAAGCCAAACAGAGCCUCUCUCAGAGAUGGAAAGCGAACAGCGCUCGGCCACAGCUGGCACCAGCGUGUGACCAGCUGAGAUGUGAGCUGAUGGACUGCCACCAGGAACAGAAAAGGUUUUACACAGGCACAAUAAAGCCUUUUGUAACAACGAGCUUGCCAUUUGCAUUAAUAAUAUUGGUGCCUUUUUUGGCCAAAUAUUUUCAGGCAGCCUCAGGAAAAACAAGUGCCUGUUACCUCAGGAAUCCUUUAAGAUUGAGACGAGCAAAGCUCUGGAAGAAGUGACUUUAUCUGUGCCUAUUUUAACCUUCUCCCUGUACCCGAAUAAGAGACAAUAAAGCUGCAAGUAGAACUUUACCAAGCAACUAGAGCGUUUUGCUAGACGCGUGUUACAUUAGCAGGCCAUCCUAGAAUCGAAAUGCUGUACCUAGUCACUUGUAAAGAUCUUGUUCCAGCAUAAGGAAAAGUUCUUAUUGAAGACAGGACUUGCUAAAUAAAAUGGUUGUUUAUGGUUGUA